AUGUACAUGUUAUAAAAACAAAAUUCACAGGAUGGAAUUCUCAAAAUUACAUUUUAUCCGUGUGAUACUUGCAUUUUUGGAGUUGGCAAUGGCACAGGAUGCAAAAUGUGGAAGUCCCAUGAAUUGCUGCGGUGGCUCCACAUGGAAUAAAAUAACCAAUAUAUGUAAUGGUUGUUCUGGUGGCUAUUUUGGCAAAUAUUGUGAGAUAAAAUGUCGAUUUCCUAGUUAUGGAACACAAUGCCAGAAACAAUGUCGGUGCAUUGAGCAAGAGUGUAGUCAUAUAACUGGAUGUCAUGGCACUACAACUAAAACCAGAGUGUUGCAGAGCACUCUUGCUAUGUUCAAUGAUACAGAUUUGCCGCAGAAUGAAGUAAAAAUUCGUUAUAUUUAUUAUGAUUUGGUGGAUGUAUUUCAAGAUGAUACCAAUAAAGAGCUUUCAACUUGGACGUCAUUAGAUACAAAACACAAAUAUAUGCUUAUCAGCAUAAUUAUCCUAACUUUGCUGCUAUUAGUUAUUAUCCUGACAGGCUGCAUCUCAAGGAAAAAGAUCCAAGAAUGUAAAGAUGUAAUUCUGUAUAGGUAUAAACCUGUCAGAAACCGAACCAUAAACAGAAAUGAUUCUGUAGACUCAUCUUUUGUGUAUUUUGGGAUAUUCUGCACUAACGAAGGACUGAGAAUGUAUUGGAUUAAAGUGAUACCAUUGCCAUUUCUUUAUUGUACCUUUUUAUCUCAGACUGGAAAAUCAGAAUUAUAUACAGAGUGUGCAGACGGAUAUUUUGGCCCUAACUGCACGCUUCCUUGCCGGUAUCCAAAUUACGGAGACAACUGUCAGAGUGAAUGCCUCUGUGCUGAGGAACUUUGCAACCAUGUGAAUGGAUGCAUAAUUACAGUAAAUGCCUUUGAGCAAGCAUCACCCUCGUUGAUGAAUGAUCAAUUAUACCAAAACGAAACCGAAAUGAGUAUUCUAUACAUAUCAUCAAACGACAGCAAAAUAGAGAGAAUAGCAAAAAGCACAUCGAUGUGGAAUCGCAUGGAUAUGAAACACAAAGUGAUGCUUGUCUGUAUAGUGUUCUUUGGAGGUCUUUUCGUCAUCAUCAUAGGUAUUUACAUCAAGAUAACGGCAAAAUAUCGUGCAAGUGUUCAAUACUAUCAAUGGACAAGAGUACAAAGACAAGAAAAGAGAAAAUCAAAUGAAACAUUUAACUUAUGACUCUAUUUGCUUUUCAUAACAUACAAGAAAAAAUUGUAUGCAAACAAUUUCUAUUUUAUAAUUGUUUGGUAUUUGAAUGAAAAAAAAAUGUUUUAAUAUUAUCUUUUUAUUUUAAUGUGUAUCCUUCGAUGAUUGACAGUUGUAUUUAAUCUUAAAAAAGGAGUUUCAAAUCUGUUCUUCAAAACAUAUCAAACUGGUUAAAGCAAUUAACUAAAUAGGAGCUGAAUGGCGUUUAAUAAUAAAAUUAUUGAAUUUGCAUUAUUUGAUUGGCUUAAUGUUAGAUUUAUCAUCCCAUGUUCUGUUUAAAGUUUAACUCUUAUCGUCAUCAUCAGUUUG